AUGUCUUCAAAACUCCCCACAGAGUUUCCCAUAUACCCGUUCCCAAGCAGUGAGGAAUUUGAACUAUUUCUUGAACGUGAACAUACAAAUAUCGAGGGGUUCUACCUCAAACUUGCGAAGAAAGUAUCCGGGAUCCCAUCAAUAUCUGCCUCAGAGGCUGUGGAAGUAGCAUUGUGUUUUGGAUGGAUCGACGGACGAGCAAAUGGGUUCGAUAAAGAUUGGUGGCUAGUGAGAUACACUCCUCGCCGAGCGAAAAGUAUCUGGUCGCAAAAGAAUGUGCAUACAGUCACCAAAUUGAUCGAGAAUGGACGAAUGCGCCCAGCAGGGUUGGCGGCAGUCGAAGCAGCGAAGGCUGAUGGGAGGUGGGAGCGGGCUUAUGCUGGUCCUGCUACUAUAAGCGUCCCUGAUGACUUUCGUACAGCACUGACUGCAUCGCCAGAGGCGGACACCUUUUUUAAGACAUUGAAUAAGACUAAUCGUUAUUCUGUACUAUGGCGCAUUCAAACAGCGUCUGUCAAGUCUCGGGAAAAGCGCAUAGAGACUUUAGUACAGCAACUAGCUCAGAAACAACACCCCAAUUCUCUUGCGUCUGCGAGAAAACGGCAGAAGGACCCAAUGGAUGAUGGCCUCGAUCAAUCUACCACAAGCUCUGCUUCAAAACGAACUCGACGUUGA